CCUACGCUCGGCUAUCCUCGGCUCCUUUCGGCUCCUCUCCAGCCACAGCAGCCAGUCGGAAACGCGCAGCAGCGUCGCGGCUCCGCGGCUCGUCUUGCUUUUCUCCCCGCCGUCCAGCCCUCCGGUGCGGCUCUCCCCUCCAGCCCGCAGCCCAGCGGCGGAUCCUCGGCCUCUGUGACGGCCGGCCACGGCGCGCAGCGCGGCGGAGCCUGAACCCUUUCCGGCUCUCCUCCUCCGCGGCGGAAAACCCCGGACGGAGGCCCGCGGUGUGCGCUCCUCCUCCCGCAGGCCUUCGGCCCGGACUCCCGCCUUUCUGCUGGAAAAUGGACGGCUUCACCGGAAGUUUGGAUGACAGCAUGUCGGCGACCAGCGUCUCCGACGUCAACGACCGUCUGUCUGCGCUGGAGCUGCGCGUCCAGCAGCAGGAAGACGAGCUGACGGUGAUGAAGGCGGCGCUCGCCGACGUGCUGCGCCGCCUCGCCGCGUCUGAGGAUUCUGGGGCCAACAGGAAGCAGCACGGAGCCAAAGGCAGCGCCGCCAUGCGCGAAGCCUCGUCUCUGUCCUGCAUCGCCAACGGCGGCACGCCCGGACGCAAGAGAGACUCCGCCUCCGUCACCAGGAAGGAGACGGUGUCUUCGGCCGCCAAGAGUGGCUCAGAGAAGAAGAAGGAGGCGAGCGGUCAGCGCUCCCACAUGGAGGAGAUCCAGGAGCAUGAGGAAGCUCCGCCCCUAAAGGAGCCGUCACCCAAUCACUCGUCCCCCAUCCUGUCCCACCCCCCCCAGAGGUCGGCCCCGCCCCCUGACUUCGCCAAAGGCCACGCCCCUAAAAGAGGUCCCAGCGUAAAGCGGUCUUCAGGAAUGGAGCGAUCCCAGAGCAGCAACUGGGAUUCAGCAGAGAAGAACCGGAACAAGCUGGUGAAGGCAGCAUCUACCUCCAAGCUGCUGGCCAAAGUGGUGAAGAACGCAGACAAGCACAAAGACCCGGUGGUCAGCCAAGCCAAAAUGUCGACCCGAGAGAAAAACAGCCUCGCUGAGGGAAACUCUAUCAAGAUGUUCAUGCGAGGUCGACCAAUCACCAUGUUCAUCCCUUCAGACGUGGAGAACUACGACGACGUCCGGGCCGAGCUUCCUCCAGAACGACUCAAGCUGGAAUGGGUGUACGGGUACCGCGGUCGGGACUGCCGGGCCAACGUCUACCUGCUUCCCACUGGAGAGAUCGUCUACUUCAUCGCGUCCGUGGCGGUUCUGUUCAGCUACGAGGAACGGACCCAGAGGCAUUACCUCGGACACACCGACUGCAUCAAGUGUCUGGCCAUCCAUCCGGACAAGAUUCGGAUCGCCACCGGACAGAUCGCCGGAGUGGACAAAGACGGACGGGCGCUGCAGCCUCAUGUCCGGGUCUGGGACAGCGUCAGCCUGUCCACCCUGCAGGUCAUCGGUUUGGGAACCUUUGAACGCGGCGUCGGGUCUCUGGCGUUCUCCAAAGCGGACUCGGGUCAGCACCUGAGCGUCAUCGAUGACUGCAACGACCACAUGUUGACGGUUUGGGACUGGCAGAAGAAGUCCAAGAUCGCAGAGAUCAAGACGACCACCGACGUGGUUCUGGCCGUGGAGUUCCACCCGACCGACCCGAACACGAUCGUUACCUGUGGGAAGUUCCACAUCUUCUUCUGGGCCUGGAACGGGAACUCACUGCUGCGCAAGCAGGGACUCUUCGGGAGUCACGACCGGCCCAAGUUCAUCCAGUGCCUGACCUUCCGGAGCAACGGCGACAUCGUGACCGGAGACUCGUCCGGACAGCUGCUAGUCUGGACCCGGAACUCUGCCGAGGCGCCCACGGGCAAGGCGCCGCAAGCCUUCCAGAUGAGGACCGACCUGCGGCCAAUCGAAGCUCAUGAGAAAGGAGUUUUCUGCAUGUGCGACAUGCGGAGCGGCUUGCUGCUGACCGGAGGAGGAAAAGACCGCAGGAUCGUCCUGUGGGACCAGCAGCUGCAGCUUGACCGCGACAUCGAGGUCCCGGAUCAGUACGGGAACAUCCGGGCGCUGGCGGAGGGAAAGGGGGACGAGUUCCUGGUCGGGACGUCCAGAAACUUUGUCCUCAGAGGGACCUUCAACGACGGCUUCCAGGUGGAGGUCCAGGGACACACGGACGAGCUGUGGGGUCUGGCCGCCCACCCCAGCAGGGAGCAGUUCCUGACCUGCGCUCAGGACCAGAUGGUUUGUCUCUGGAACUCUCUGGAUCACAGCCUGCAGUGGAGCCGCACUCUGGAGGAACACGGACACUGUGCAGAGUUCCAUCCCAGUGGAGCUGUAGUUGUCAUAGGAACGCACUCCGGAAGGUGGUUUGUUCUGGACGCCGAGAGCAAAGAUCUGGUCGGGAUCCACUCGGACGGCAACGAGCAACUGUCGGUUCUGCGUUUCUCAGUCGAUGGCAGCAUGCUGGCCGUGGGGUCUCAUGAUAACUUCAUCUACCUGUACAGCGUGUGGGAGCAGGGCCGCAGGUACAGCCGCUACGGGAAAUGCUCGGGUCAUUCCAGCUACAUCACACACCUGGACUGGUCACCUGAUAACAAGUUCAUCAUGUCCAACUCUGGGGACUACGAGAUCCUCUACUGGGACAUCCAGAAUGGCUGCCAGCUGAUCCGGAACCGCUCUGAGUGCAAAGACAUCGACUGGGCCACCUACACCUGCGUGCUGGGAUACCACGUGUUUGGCGUCUGGCCCGAAGGUUCUGAUGGUACCGACAUCAACGCUCUGGUGAGGUCCCACAACAGGAAGGUGAUCGCGCUGGCGGACGACUUCUGCAAGGUUCACCUGUUCGCCUACCCCUGCUCCAGAUUCAAGGCGCCCAGCCACAAGUACAGCGCCCACAGCAGUCACGUGACCAACGUCAGCUUCCUGCACAGCGACAGCCACCUGAUCUCCACGGGCGGGAAGGACACCAGCGUCAUGCAGUGGCGGCUCGUCAGGAAGCUGGUCGACGCCCCCAAGCCCGCCGCGCGCCGACCCAACACGGCCGGCGACCCUGCUGGAGACACGGCCGGCGCAAACGCAGCCGGCGAAGCGGCCGCCACGCAGCCUCUGGCCGGACCCGACCCGGCCGCCACCGAGAACCCGGACCCAUCGAACCGGGUUGCCGCAGAAGGAACCCCGCCCCCCUCGGACAGCACGCUGAGCCUGAAGGACAGCCUGGAGACGAGCGACGACACGGCGACGCCGAGCGACGAGGGCCUGCCUCCCCUCACUCCGCCCUCCUAGAGGGGGCGUGGCCUCUUCCAGGUCAGGUGUCUCUGUUGUUGCUCCUGACGCCGUCAGGGUCGCCGACCGCCAAGCACCUGUUCGUGCCCGACCAUUUCAGGACCGCUGUCAGGAAUUCGACGGGAAACCCACAGAAACUGUCUGGACGUCUUCAGGCGUCGGCCAUCUUCCCAGAAACGCUCCAGAAUCUGAUCCAGAACCUUCCAGGUCUCCUCCGAUCCGCCACAGGAAGUCACCUGAUCUGCUCACUCAGGGCAGGUGAACACUAGGGCUGCACCGACUGCACAUUUCUGUCCAAUCUUUGAAAAAACAAUUGUUUUUGUUUGAAACGGCGACAAAUAUAGAAAGUCGCUGAGUUGGUAACGGGGGCGACUAUUGCAAACACCUGGCUGGGCGGGGCUAACUGGGUGGGCGGGGCUAACAGUCUCACUGCAGAGGAAAUGAGGACAGUGGUUGAUUUUUAGACCUUUACAGAGAAAAAUAAGAUCAGCUUCACAAAUAUCGGCCAAUCAGUGAUCUUUGAAAUGUAAGAAAUCUGCGCCAGUAAAUCAGUUAGUUGUUUUUUCACAUUAUAUUUAUUGAAUUUUAUAACAUAAAACAAGUGGCAGUGAUAUAUUUGACGUAGGGUUCUCAUUAAACAAGUCAGUCCUCAAAGUAAAUAAACAUAAAUAAUAAAGAAACAACAAAAAACAACUCAGCAAUAUCAGAAAACAGAAAUAAAAACCCAAAAGCGUUAUUGCAGCAAUCUGCACCGGUCUCUUCAUUUCCUUUGUAGUGUUUCAGAAACUUGCUCAACGGCGACCAGCUUUCUUCAGGAUUCAUUUCCUUUCCUCUGACAACAUAAGUGAGUCGCUCCAGAGCCACACAUGAUGUCAUGUCCUUCAUCAUUGUGGUUUGACGAUAUGUCCAUUUUUUUUUAAUCUUCUGGCCUGCAGGCGUCUAAAGUCAAUGAAUUUUAACUGUCUGGAGCUGAAAACACCGUUCUCUGGAUAAAUACCUAAAACACACAUUUUAGCCUCAGCAGGUACAGUCACUCCAACAAUCUUUGACAAAGUUUACAUAACUGAGUUCCAGAAUUGCUGUAAUUUUGGACCCUCCCAUACACAGUGAAAAAGAGCAACACUUCCUGCAGCUGUCUGGGAUUAUUGGCCCAGCGAUUCCGUUAGUCUGGAGUUAUUUAUCUACGUUCUCAUCAACCACUGGCAUUAAAGGAGUUUCAUCCUUGUUUUAAUUGACUUCUAAGCACGAUGCGCCCUCGGUUAACACAGGAUACCUGACACACCUGUGAUGACCUCAUCCAACAUUUCAGCCCUUUUCUGUCCCAAAGAGCCACCUGUUAUCCUCCCGUCUGCCACAGGGGGCAGCAGGGAGCUGAAGGGAGGAAUUUGUCAAACGACAAUAAUUUUUCCCAAAUAAACAGUCUGAUUUUCCUCCAGUGAGACGAGUUGACCUCGAAGUUAAACAGGAAGUCUUUGGUUUUACAGGAAGUUUGAGGAUCAGAGGAAACCUGGAAGAUUUCAGUUUUGUUUCUAACUUUGCUUAAA